AACUAGGCUUAGGACCUAGGUCUAUGACUAUGUCAUCUAUGAUGUAAUGGAAGCAAUGCAUUGAAGUUCACCAUUAUUGACCAUUGUUGCAGUACUACUAACUACUAGCUAGUUACUAAAUAAUUAAUGUAAUGAGACGAGAGAUAUAAUACAAUUACAAUAAAAUCCACAAGAGAUCUGACAUCUGAUAAUUUUAAGUAAAGUAUAGAGUUAUAAAUGUAUAGUCUGAGUCUGAGUUGUGAAAACACAUUUAAUUUCAACUUUAUACUUGUACUGUGUGGUGCAGGAUUGGAUUGAGCCUAAUUUGUAAAUUAUUUAUAUUGUCACCAGAAAAGAAACAAAAUUUAAUUGCUAGGGUUAACGAAUCAAUCUGCAAAUAAUUUGUAAUUGGCCUAAUCGGCAAUUGUGCAGAUUAAUUAGUAGUCAGCUUUUUGUGGGCAAUUAAUCUGCUAAUCGGCUUGCUGAAAAUGCGCAGUAUGCCAGAUGCAAAUGUAAAGCUCUGGAUGUUUUUAAAUAUGAUUUUUAUCAAGAUUUUACAAGCUUAAUUAUGUACAAGACUAAGCAUGAUAUUACUAUCAUACAUUUCCCUUCCUUUCCAGCAUUUCCCCUCUCACAUUCUAUUUUCUUUUGUUUCUGUGAUGUUGUCAGUGGUUACACAAUGUCAUGGAGACACCUACAUUUGUUUCCCAGUUCUGUCAAGACUUCCAUUGUUUGAGAGGAUGAAACCAAACCUUUUUUUUUGUGUGUUAUUUUCUAGCCGUUAAAACUUUGAACUUGGUUCUCAAUAUUGUUCAAAAUAUUUGACAUCUUCUUCAAAUAAAUAGUAUCUUUUUUUUAAAAAAAGGUGGCAUUUUUAAAACUAAAUUUUACCUUUUCAGUGUAAGGUUAAAAUGUUACGUGUGCUGAGUAUUGCUGGCAAUGCUUCAAUAUCUUCAACCAGUUAAAGGAGGGGUCCCCAACCUUUUUUAGUCCAUUGAUCCCUCUGCACUGAGAUGAAGGCCACAGACUGAUUCUUAGAUUAAAGUAUUUGAAUGUAUGUAAUAAAAUUACAAAGGAAAUUCUGUUCACCGACCCCUGAACCUUCUCAGUAACCCCACAGCUGUGAAACUCUCUAGCUGAUGUGGAGAAUAGUAAUUCUCCCUCCAAAAAAAAAAAAAACCAACCCACAUGAUGAAGACUUUCAGUCCCUGCAUGAUGCUCCUAUUUGUCCUAGUUUCAACCCUUAAAAUUAUGGUACGCCAAGCUAACACUGAUCUUGAUGAAUUAUAUAAAUCUGGGAUUGUUAACCUUUUUGCAGCGCUGCACCCCUACACCCCUUUUCAAUUUCAAAUAAUUUACAGCAUCCCCUCAUAAUUUCAAAACUUAUUUCCUGCACACCUAACAUUAUAAAAUGGAAAUAAAAUGAUUUUCUGGGUCUUCCCCCUGACACUGUCUCCCGCACACCAGGGGGUGCUGGUACCUCUGGUUAAGAAACCUUGUUACAAAGAAUAAAUAUGUAUUCUAUAUCAUUUGACAUAAAGACAUUCAUUUUCACUUUUCUGAUGAUAUGUAUAAAUAAACUUUUACAGUGACUGUAAUUGUUGCUCAAAUUGUAACAAGUGAACAGAUAUGCAUGAAGACAUCAGGAAGAAUUUCAAGUUUUAAAGAUUCAACAAGUGCCUGAAAGUUGAAAAGCUUCAAAUAGGAGAUUAAACUUUCAGAGUGUGUAUCGGUAUAUCAGACUUUAAAAUUAAGCAAAUGAAAUUUGAAAUGAAAUUUCAUCAAGACUCUCAAAAUAUAUGUGUUCUUAAUAUUAGAAAAAUGGCCAUGUUUUUAUGGAUAGUCUUUACCUCAAUGUCCAUGGUUGAUGGGAAGAACAAGCCUAAAUGCAGCGUAUGCACAGAGAUCGUUCUGAAUUUUCAAAAGGUUUGUUGUCUUAAUGGAUUUUAAGAAUUGCCAUUGUACCAAUUUUAAACUCUUAUAAUAACCAGUAUUGUAUUUAUACUUUUUUUUUUAAAUCAAGGAAGCGAACCAUUACUAGCUUGUAAGUUAAUAACAUCUUUCAUGCCUCAAAUAUAGCUGUUAAAUGUAAAUAAAAAUAUUAUUUACACUUUAGGUAAAGAAACAGAAACUACUCUUGCUCCCUAACUACCAUUUACUAUAGAAGUUUCAGUGAAAAUUGACUCCUUUAUUUGAGAAAAAAAAGAUAAAUUGUACAGUAAAUAACGGUACAAAAUGUCAUUGUUUUCUAGAGUUAAAAUUAAAUUUAUAUUCUGUAACAGGGACUGGUUUCAACAGCCAAGUCAAAUUUUGGUGGAGGAAAUACUAAAUGGGAAGAAAAAUCUUUGGGCUCUUAUUCAACAAGGUUUGGAGCAGUUUUAAUUUAUCAUUUAGUAUUUCAUUCACUUAAAUUAUAUUUUAAGAAAUAUCCCCUAAUGGCCUAUUGGAGGAAACAUAAAAAUGUAUAUACCAGCAAUAUAACCGAAGGUCUAUUCUUUACCUUGCCAUAUCUUAUUCGGGCAGUAUUGCUGAAGAUCUAUUCUUUACCUUGCCAUAUCUUAUUGUAUGCCUAUUCUUUACCUUGUCAUUACUUAUUGUAUGCCUAUUCUUUACCUUGUCAUAUCUUAUUGUAUGCCUAUUCUUUACCUUGCCAUAUCUUAUUCCGGCAGUAUUGCUGAAGAUCUAUUCUUUACCUUGCCAUAUCUUAUUUCUUACAGUACAUACGUACUGGGUUAUAAAACUUGGUGUGAUUGAAAUUUUAUUAUUAAGCUUUUCAUUAUAUUCACCUUGAGGUCUAAAUAAACAGCUGGUGUAUUUUUCAAUCAUAUUAAUAUUUUUCCCCACAAAGUGAAGUUCGCCUGGUUGAAAUUUUGGAACACAUUUGUGAUGACAGUUCAAAAGAGGUAAGGAAACAUAAUUUGUAUCCAUGUAGGAAAAAAAAAAUUCAAUAUGUUUCAGUUAUAAAUAAAUUUAGCUGUAAAAUGAAAUCAGCUUAACUCUUAGUGUCCGUAGGUCAAAUCCACAUUUUGACGAAGUAAUUUUGUUGUGAUAAAAUUUGACCCUAGGUGACCACAGACAAUGUUUCAUAACUUUUCUAGUAAAAUUGCAAUAAAAAACAAAUUCCCUGCACGUUUUAAAAAGGUAAACACCAGAAGAGGAUGUGGAAAUAUUGAUUUGGACAAAAUACCGAAAUGUUUAUAUAAAAUCCCAAAAUUAAAGAGUCACUAUAAAACGCCACAUAGACUGGCUGCGUCAAAAGGUGACAGGCGGAAAGCCAGUUACACUGGCGCGUCGGACUUUAAGAGUUAAUGAGUUGUCUCAUAACCCAUUUCAAACAUUUAUUCCACGCAAAAAAAAUUAUUUUACAUAAUUAUGUUUAAAAAAAACUGAACCUAUAAUUAUUGUUUUAAUUUUAAUAAAAUUUAUAAGAUUUUUUCAUUUCUAUUUAAAGGGAAAACAGAUUAGCCAAGUACCGGUAGUCAAUAAAUAUCUUACUAAUGUUGUUGUUUUUGGGAUUUUUUGUUGCUGUUUUUUAAAGCAUUAAUCAUGGCAACAACAAAAAAAAACCCAAAAAAAACAAACAAACAAAAAAAAAAAGCAAGGUUUGUUUCCAAAUACAUACCCGGCAUUGCUUGAAUACAUACCCAGCAUUGCUUGAAUACAUACCCAGCAUUGCGUUAAGCGACCUGUUAUUUGUCUCAACUGUUCAGCUGCACUAACAGAUAAGUUGUAGAGUUGUGUUACACAAUUUUUAAAAACUGUUCUUCAAUCAACAGUGCCAUCCGGUAUUAGAAGAGUAUGAAGAGCUGGUGGAGAAAUACUGGUUUCAAGAACUGGCACAAAAGAAAGAUACUAAUUUUUACAAUUUCUUUUGUAUUGAUCAUGUGCAAGGUAUGUACGCUUAACCUUAAAAGAUAACGCAUUAGAAUAUUUUAUCAUCUUUAGAUUACCUUUGCACAAUUUAAUUUAAAUUAACUCUACUAACUGUCAGACAUUUGAUUUCAUUUGAAAGUAGUAAUGUUUUAAGUGACGAAUCCUCUGGAGGAUUCUUAUGACACUAUCACCCCAUUAUCUCUUUGUAGCGUGUUGCCCCAACAAUACAUACGGCCCAGACUGCUCUCAGUGUCCUGGAGGUAUUGAUCAACCGUGCAGUGGCAAUGGAAAAUGUCUUGUAAGUCAUUUAUUAUGUACCGGUACUCGAUUUUGUAUAGUUUGUACUUCUUUUGUAUACCAGUAACAAUUUUAUUUAUUUUUUUAAACUAAUGGGGAACUAUCGUUUUCUCUCUUUUUUUAAAAAAAACACCAUGUCUGUAUUCAGAUAUAAUCCAUUGUUCUAAUUUACCCAUAAAAUAAAAGUACAUCAAUUUUUCCUUUGAUUUUAACUUGAUAGUUUUCAGGACCUUAAUUCCUGAGCAUGUUGUGCAACUUGUGGUUUUUAGGGAUCAUAUUUUAAGACUGCGUUUGUCUGGUUUAUUUUUAAACCUAACCUUACUAAUGGAACUGAGCGUUGUGCAAAUUCAAAUUUUUAGAAUACGCUGAUUCAACUUUUUAAAAAAAAAUGUCAAGCUCAGUGUCAGCUCAAUUUAGAAAAUUAAGAAAAAUUAUUGUAAAAAAAUUGAUUACGGUAGCCGGUAUCAUAAAAAAUUGUUUAAAAAUUUUAAUGUGAAUUAAACCCUCAGACACAAGGUCAUUACUUGUUUUAUAUCUAGCUGAACUAAUGAAAGGAAUGCUUAAUGGGUGGUAUUUCAAGGACAAGAUAGAGACAUGCCUCGCUUGUGCUCACUAGUUUGACUUUUAAACAAUUUUAAAAAUAUUUUUCCUAAAAUUUUAUGCUUAAAGAUUAUUUUCUAAAGGGUUUAAAAAGUACAGGGUAUAUCUUGUUUUUAGCCAUGAUAUUUUAAAAUACAGUAAGUCAUGUCAAAAUAGGUCUAUUUUAAAACCAGUUAUUUCUGAAUAUUGUUGGUUCAUUCAAAUUCAAUUUUUAAAAAUAAUUUUUGUAUACAUCCUCUGUGUGUGCAGGGCGAGGGUACCAGAGAAGGAAGUGGUAAAUGUCAGUGCACUUCGGGUUACCAAGGAGAUUUAUGCAAUCAGUGCAAAGAUGGCUUCUAUGAAGAGAGCAAGAAUGAUACUCAUACUGUGUGCAAAGGUGAGAUAUCAAAGACUGUAAAAUUAUUUUGUGAUUGAUAGAAUAGCAACUAAACAAAAUGGUACAAAAGAUAGUAACUAAACAUAAUAACAAAUUUGAAAAAAUUCAAUUCUCAUUUUUGGUCUCAACAACAGUUGACAAAUUAUUCUCCAUUUAUUUUAAAAUAAAAGAAAAGAAAGUUACCUUUCAGUAAUGAAAGUUUAAUUUAACCCUAUAAAUAACUGUCCUAACAGUUAAUGGUCGGCCAUUAUACCUCUUUCUGUGGUUUCAUGGCCGAUUGCAAAAUCAUCAUUAAAAUAGUUAAGGGGAAAUCACUCUAUAUUAAUGAGUUUGCUUCCUACUUCUGUGUAUUAGCAUGUUUUUAUUGGGGUUUAUUUUGUGAUUAAUCGGGUGUGGAAUUUGCUCAAUUUGUUUGACUACUAUUAUGUCUAAUGCUGGAGAUGGCCCCCUCCAGCUCAGAAAAUCAAAACAGACUUUCUUUAUUCGAAUCCUUUCAAAUCGAUUAAAAUGAAAGCAACGAUUUCAUAGAUAUUCCAUGUGCUAGUAAUGACAAUAUUAGCUCUUGUGGUGAUGGCGACAUAAGAAUCAGAUAUCAACGCUUAGUCCUAUGUAACAGACAAUUUCGUUUGGGAAAGGGUGAAAGUCAAAUAGACAAAGAUUGGAUCCCAAAGACCUACCAUAAAGAUGUUCAUACACGUUAAUGAUUGUGUAUCUUCUGGAGUAUUAAUUAAUAAAUAAAAGGAUUUAUCAACUUCAGUUAAAAAUGAAUUUUUGAACUCAUUUCAUGCUUUCCCCCUUGUGUUUGUAUGACCAAAAUUUAAAGGUACUCGGUAGUGAAUAAAAAAAAAAAUCACAAGUAUUACAAUUCCCAUAUAAGCCCCUACUGAGUUUAUUAUAAGCCCCUACUGAGUUUAUUAUAAGCCCCGACUGAGUUUAUUAUAAGCCCCGACUGAGUUUAUUAUAGCUUGACAUUUUCUGACAAAAUGUUGCUGCUAUUAUCUCAAAAACUUGGUUUUGUGAUAGUUUGAACAAUUUAUGGAGUAUUAGGAUGGGUUGAAUUCAGAAUUAGAUUAGUAAAAUUUUACUCACUCAGUAAAGGUCAAUAUAAAAAAACGUAUACCCUGUAUAAAAACAAAUUCUGUUCAUACCAUAAGAUACCUUGUCCAGUGUACUUUCAGAAAAUGUCUACUUGUAAGGGUCUCUGAAUUCAUUUAGUCUGGGAUUUUGUCACUUUCGACAAGCAAACGAAAAUGUUAAAAAUGGCUUGACAUUACAAUAAAGGCACUUGAAAGUUAUAGUCAUAGCGUUAAGAAAUAUGUCCUGGAACAAUUUGAACUAAUAAUUUAAUUUAGGACAAUUUGUCAAUCAAUCAAACUUUGUUUUCAGUAUGUCACAUUGCAUGUAAAAAUACUUGUUGGGAAAGUGGACCCAAAGGCUGUGAUGAGUGUAAAAGUGGUUGGCUGGCCAAUGAAGAUGAUGGAUGUCAAGGUGAGGACUUAAAAAAAAAAAAAAAGAAUUAACUCCAAGCCCUUGAUAAAAAAUAUCCUGUUUUAAACUACCGGUAGUUAAUUGUAUGAAAAUGAAAAGUUUUUCAUAAUUUGGAAAGGUACAAAAAGAUAUAUUUUUUUUAGUAUUUUAGGAUAGUGGUGCAUCUAACUGUAUUUUUAAUAAAACAUUUUUAAUUGAAGUGGGAAAAUUAUUCAAGUCAGUGAGACAAGACCAGCUCACAUGCAACAGACAUGAGUUUUAAAUGCUGCUCAGGUCACACAUGUACGGAGCACUGACAGGCUUUUGAAACUUCCUGUUGACAAUUCUCCACAUAAAAUUAAUUUAUAUUAAAACAUGAAACUAAUUUCAGAUAUAAAUGAGUGUCUGUCAGAUCCCUGUGAAGAAAACCAGUAUUGCACCAAUACUCAAGGAUCAUACACAUGUUUCAGUAAGUCAUUAUUUCUUUGAAGGCUGUAGGAAAAACCAUUUCAUCUCAGCAAACAAUUUUUAUGAAGUACAGCGAAAUGGGGUGUCUUUGCCUCUAGGGGGGACUUCCCUAUUGACUGGGUAUUUUGUUUUGGUCUUUCUGGGGCUGUAACUUUUGAUAACAGACCGAAGAAUGUAUUCACAACAUUUCAAUAAGAUAGGGACACUUCAAAUACCGAAAAAUGCUAUGAUAUUGUGUGGCACAUAGUUUUAAAUAUAUUAACUAUUUCACUGUCUUAUUUCUGUCUUUAUUCCUUUAGCUUGUGAUGAAGCAUGCUUAUCUUGCACUGGUCCAGGAUCAUACAAAUGUGAAGAGUGUAACACAGGAUUCACUUUAAAUGAAGAGACAAAAGAGUGUCUAGGUAAGUACUGCCAUUUGUAAGAAAUUUUUAAAGAUAAUUUCUUUUCAUAUUGCUGCAUAUUCGCCUCACAAUAAUUUAAAUUAAGGGCAACAUUUUUGUUUAUCAAGAUGCUCAACAUAUUAACCUUGUAAACCUUGUAUUUUACUUCAGUUUGAAGAUCUGGUUACAUGUUCAAUAGGUUACUUACGUGUUCAUUAGAUUUGUUACCAGUGCUGUAAUAGAGAUAUGUUUUAUACAAUGAAGUGUUGUCUGGGGCCAUGCUUGGUGGCCCACAGGAAUUUUAGCCACAGGUUAAGUGAUUGCUUUGAACUUUUGAGCAUUGAUACCUGGCUUCAUGGCUGAUUGGCUUGAGCAGCAGGCCAUAAUGGGAUUAUAAACACAUCAAGUUUACUUGAGUGCAGUGUUCCCUCUGAGCUGCGUGCAUGCUCGCACGUGGCACCCGUGCGCAGCGCCCUUGGUAUUGGUGAGAAGAAAAAAUAAGGACACUCUUAUAAAUUUGAUAAAGAAAAAAUGUAAUUUUUACCAAAAUUUUUUUAAUUUCAUUUUUAUUUUACAAAUAAUUAAAUUUUUAAUCAAUAGUAUUGAUUUGUAUUGGGAGAAAUUAAUCUCCUAUUUUAAUUUUAAUUGGCUCGUUGUAAACAGUGCCUAACAAAGGACGAUACCAUAUAAUCAACAAUAUUAAAGAUACGACCCAAAACAGUUUCUAGUUACAAUUAAUUAAGAUUUAUUAAGUCUUAAGAUAAUUACAAAAUAAAAUAAAAUAAAAUUACAAUCUUCAACUUACAGUAUGGCAGAUGUCGUACCGGUACACAGUUAAUACAAUUAGAAAUAAUGAUGCCAAUAAAUAAUGCGAAAUAAACACAUAUAAGUAGGAGCACACAAAUACACAAAGAAUAAAACACGCCUCGUAAUGUUAAGAGAAUCUAUAGGAAAUCUCCGUCUGUCGUCCGUGCCUGUCAAUCCCUUAUAUAGGUGGGUCUACCGACGCCCAAGCCCUGCCUUCGAGACAUUUCGAGAAAAAUCCCAAUCAUUCUACCAAAUACUAUUUGGAACAGAUUAAUUAUUUUUAUUCGUUGGCGGCGUAAGCAAGAAAUACAUCAAAGACCUAAGCCACACCCCUUUGUGAACACAGCGUCUCAUGCGGGGUCAAUCAGAGGGCACGUACGAGAAAUAUUGUGUAAACAAGCUCUCUAUAACAAUAGCAACAGAUGACUGUAACCUAAUUGUGACCCUGUCAAACUCUUUAGUCGCAGACACCAAUAGCUCAAUAGUUCUUUUCAUUUCAAUUUAAAGCUGGAGCCCUCCAGAUUUAUCAAGAUUGAACCUCUUUCUUCAUUCUAUUUGCCAUUUUUCUGUGAUGGUACACGCCAGUAUGUAAAAUCGGACCCUAUUUUGGUCUGAGUUCUAAAAUUUCUCAACCUAAAAAAAAAAAUGUAUUUUAAAAAAAAUUCAUGAAAAAAAAUGUUAAUUAAAAAUAUUAGAUAUCUUCAUCUUAAAAAAACACAACACAUUUACUGGCGACAUGCCGGUAAAUGUGUUGUGUUUUUUAAAAUUCAAACUUGGUCAGCAAAAAGAAAUGAUACAUUUUGUAUUAACAUUUCGAGACACUUUUGCACAAUAGCUUUUCAUUUUUUGCUAUAAAUGCUAUGAGACGUCAUAGCUGAAUUUAUUCAUAAAAUUUAAAAUAUGAGAAUAUGACUUCCAACAGAUAUCAAUGAGUGUGAAAAAGACUCCAGUCUUUGCGAAGGUGAACAUACAGUUUGCAAGAACAAACCUGGAAAUUAUGAAUGUGUUUGCAAAGUUGGCUAUGAAAUGAAAGAUGGCUCAUGUGUGGAACUACCUAAAGGUAAGAACUAUUAGAAAGACACAAUUUAAAAAAAAUUUAAUUAAGAUGUUUUUUCUAUGAUAUUAGUCUCUCUUGUCAGCAUAACUUUAUUCAUAACCUUCUAAUAGAAGCUGAACAAAAAUGAUUUUAAAAUAUUCUGAUAACAAUUGGUCAAAGUUAGUUUUUAUUUACUGCCUUUACAUUUGACUUUUACUCAGUAGUUUCCUUCUCUUUAUGAUAGUUAAUGUUGGUCGGUUCAUUUUUAAAAUUUGUUUUUUGUCAGUCACAAAAAAAAGUAUUUGUGGUUGCAAAUAAUUCCCUUUUUAUAAUUAAUUUGUAUACCGCUACCUGCUCGUUCAAAUCUUAACUGCUGGCAAUUUAAAUACCAUGAAACAUUGUGUACGUUGAUCCAAGGUGAAUUAUGUCAUUUUCUCAUCUAAAUGUCAUUCUCCAUGUAAAAUAAAUUACCUGCUACUUUCAAAAUUCAAAUAACACAAAUCAUCCAGAGUUGGUAGAACAGUACGGCAACUGUCAUCACUCUUGGCUGUUAACUGCUCAUGGCAUCUAGGAGGGACUUAUAAAAAAAAAAGAAUAAUGUUUUCUAAGUUAAAAUGUCUUUUUUAAUUUUUUUAUUGCCUGUCUUCUUAAAACUUUCAAACUUGUCAUGUUUAUUGGAUUUCUUUAUAAAGAAAACCCAACAACAAAACCCAACCGUCCAUCUUUUGUUUUAUGAGUGUGAUGAUUGUUGAAAUAGAGUUGAACAUUGUUUAAACCUGUGUGUGUCUGGCAUUGUGUAUUUGUAUGCAACACAAAUAGUCACAUCCUUAGCCUUAGUAAUAGAAUCUGUGUUUACUUCUGUUAACUUUGACCCGUAGAAGUUAGAUGCACUUGUUGAUUUUUUGCCAUUUGUGUUUUUAAUGGUAAUUUGAAAAUUUUAUGUUUAUUGGCUAUACCUUGAUAUUUUUUCAUAAUACUGGUACCUAAAGAAAAUGUUGUAUACAUUUCAAUAUUAAAAAUGUAAAUACUGGUAGUAAAAACAAUUUUUUUUUAAAAGACUCAAAGCCCCCCCCCCCCCCCCCCCCAAGCAUCUUAUGCAUUUGUACUGAUUAAGUUAAACAUGUUAAUUCUGGAAUGGUUUUUGCUUUGUUGAUGUCAACCCAAUGUGUUCAUUUAAUCUCUGUUGAAAAGCUCAGUUUGUAGAGGAUUAUUUGUUACAUGGGUUCAUUUUUUUAUAAGCUCUAUUUUUGCACUUAAAUAUCAGUAAGAACCAAGGGAUGUUACUUUGUAUUUGCAUAACACUGGGGAAUUUAUCAAACCUGGUACCUUAACUUUAAGUUAAAUCUAAAAAUGAUCACUGACAUCAUCUAUAUAACCAGUAAUAGCAUAAUUUAAAAAAAAAAUGACAAAUUGGCUUAAUUAUUAUUUAUACAUUGCAGCAGGUAUAUUUUUUUUAUCCUAUCACAUUUUUCUGUAUUUUGUAUAUUAGCAAAGUUAAGAAGCAUGCACGAUCUGCUUGAAGUAAUUUUUAAUGAUUGAUUGCACAUCUGUUAUUUGUAAGUGGCUUCUUACGAAUUUUUGGAAGCCAUUUUGAUUUUUUUUUCAAAUGCUUUUUUAUGCCAUAAAAUAUUUAUGCUAUGUUAGGUGUGAACAUUCUUGAUGGAUUCAAGAAGUAAAUAUGAUGAAAGGUUGCACAAAAUCUCCUGUUUACUGGGGAUACAAUUAUAUAUAAUUUAUUUAGAUCUUUAAGUUACCGGGGUAUACAAUUAUGAAAGUGAAAUCCUUUGCGGUCUGACUUAAUAUUAAUCAUUUUUUAAAAUCAUAUAUUAUCUUAAGUUUAUGAUAACAUACACUGGUACAAAAAGAAGAACAACAUCUUGUUGCCUAAGACAUUACUAGUCAUUACCGGUCCUUAAAAUAAAAACACAACUGUAAAUAAUUGUAUACUGGUCAUUCUUUUGCCAGUAACAAUUAAUUUACCUCACACCACUAACUGAUUUUAGUUUGUAACUAAAAGCCAAGAACAAUUUAUUUUGUCACUUUAAUCAUGUAUUUUUAUCAAAAUCUUUAAUUCAAUGGUUCCCCAAAACAAGGAGGGGUGGUUUAUCUUAGGAUUGCAGGUUUGAUUAACUUUCACUUAAAAUCAUAAUAAAUUUACUAACAGUGAGUUACAGGCUGUUUGAGGAUUUUGACUGAAAGUGAAAGACUAUAGAUGCACAGAUAAAACAUUAAUAAAUGGUUGAAUUACCUGAACAUUUUUAUGUCACUGCACGCUUUAUGAUUAACCAAAAGAUCUACCUAAUGCAUUAUUAGAAGAAAAAAGGAGCCAUUACUAAUAUUAUUGCUUCACCAGUUGAAAGAAACUCAUAAUUAUACUUUUAACUUUCUCUCUAACAUGUACUCUCUUCUACUUCUUGCCUUUUCCAGGUUAUUCUGGGAAGAUAGUGCAAAUACAAUCGUAAUCUCUUAUAAUUUAAGUUUACUCAUUAAAAAAAUUUUCUUCAUUGACAUUUUACAAUCAGGGAUGUCAAAAGAUGUAUGGUAUAAAGAUUUUAUGGGUUUCAGUUUCAUGUAAAUUGCUGUUCACCAAAAACUACAACUUCUAGUAAUGAUUCUAGUAAUGCUUUACAAAGAAAGAUCUAUGUUUCCUCAAUAUUGUUCAAGCACUAGUACUUUCAUGAACUAAACUAUUUUUUAAAGAAAACUGCAGUGAUGACUGCUUUUUUAGCCUGAAGUUAUCUAUAACUUAUGAAGUAUGAGUACAAACUGCAAAGCAUACAAUUUCUCCCUAAAUGUUUCUUCAAGUGUCAUUGGUCUUCAUAUUAUUGCUCUCAUCUUCAGAAAUCUACAAAUCCUCAAAAAAAAUUGCGCAGCCACCCAACCUGGCAGAGCAGCUUAAGAAAAACAUUUCCAAACGUAAAGAACUAGACUGGGCCAAGUUCAAAGACAUACCCAGCAUUACUGGUCAUUUCCUGGUCAUGGCUUUCUACGGAAUAAGUUGCAGAUUUGCAUCUUCUAGUCAUUUGGUCACUAUCGCAUUGUCUCUUCUUAUGAUCAUACAUGUCCUUUGGUUUGCCACCAAUUCUCGGUGAUUCAUUAUCAAUUCAUAAUUUGCAUAAUAAUUUUGAUAACAAAAACUUAUAUUUUUUUUUACUUUCUCAUGUAGUUGGCUGAUUCCAUUUAAAUAUUUGAUAAUUGUUUUAUGUUAUUGAGAUGAGCUUGUUGUGACUGAUAAUGAGAGAUAAAUAUCUAAUCCCUACCUAAGACAACUUUUAAGUACCCCAUUUGUUGAAUUAACGUGUGAAUUUUCAUUACACGAUUUUUUUGUGCCAUAGAGUGCAGUGUUUUACAAAGUAUUCUUCGCCGACCGGUCCGCAAGCCUUGAGUAACAAAUCUGUCCUUGUUGCAAAUUCGAAACUUGUCCAAACUGUUAUGUUUGGGAAACAUGGCCAUGAAGUACAUUUUUCUAUCAUACCAAUGUGUUUUCUGAAGAUUAUAUUCAAUACUGGGUACAUGAGGUUAGAACCUAGGCGUUUAUUUGCUUUGAUUCAAGAUCUUUCCCUACAUUAUUGAUCAAGGCAUACCGACAUUUUUUAAUAAAAACAUACUUUUCUCACAAUGUGUUGAAAUAUUAUGUCAUGACGUUUUCAGUAAAAAUUCAGUUAUUGUCUGGGUUGAUAACGUGAGGCUGUCCAUUUGUAUCAGAAAAACAGCACUGUUUUAACUAUUUAUGUUAUAUUUAUAUGGUGACUUUUCUUACACACAACUGAGCAGUUCAUGUCCCCAUUGGUUUCUCAAAUGUAAAUCAUCCAUUAUGUUACUAUAAAUGUACAAGCUUAUUUAUGAAGUACUUUAAUUUAAUGUGCACUUCUUGUAUUUAAAUAUGUAUCUUGAAUUACAAAAAAAAUUAUCUCUAAUCCGUAGGGUCAUAAGUGAUUAUUGCCAUGAAACUUUUCAGUAUCUGUACCAUCAAGUAUAUGUCUUUAUAAUGAUUUAUGUAAAAUGAUGAAAUUUAGUUUUCUUUUCUGCUGCUUUUCAGUCAACUGUUUCAAUAUUUAUUUUGCCCUACCUCCAGCUAAAUUAGUCAGGUUUUAACUUAUUACAUUUCAAGGGUUUGAAAAUUGUGUGAUGUAUCAUUAAUUAUGUACAAUGUUAGAAUGUGAGAAGAAUAAUGGGUAGUUCACACGAUCAAAUUUUUCUCAAAUUUCUAUUUGAAUGCACUAUUUUGUAUUUAAGUUUAAGCAUAAUAGGUGUAAAAAAUAUGCAACAAUUAAUAACACAGUUCAUCUUGGUUUGUUUCUUUGUUUUACUUUCCUGCAUUAUUUUUAUGUACACCUUUAUUAUACUUUCAUUCAAGCUAAAUGGGAAAAAAAGGAGCUAAACCUACCAAAUGAAAUCAACCUCCUUACAAAAAACAUAGAAAGGUGUCCCAAAAUGUUCAAAUUAUUAAAUUUAAUCACUGGGCACAAAGUCCUGCUCAUUUAUUGAAAUGAUAUGUGGCUGGGACCACGCCAUUUAAAACAUGAAAUAUUUUAAAAAAUUGUCUUAUUAAAUAAAUAUAACAUUUGUUAAAAAUUAAUUAUACUAAUUUGCGAAUUCCAGGGCAGUUGCAAUGAUUUUUUAAAUUGGUGAUUGUUAAAUUAUAAAAACAAAAGACAUACACGAUUGAGACACAGAUUUUAUACAUUGUUGUAGGUUUUUUUUUCUUUUUGCAUGAACUGAACAUUUGGUUAUCUUUAUUUACAGAUGACACUGAUGUU